AGCUGGUGAAAGGUUGAGCCUGAGUUCUCCCAGGAGCAGAGUGAGCAGGCGCAGGAGCUACAACAUACACCACAGGGCUGUGAGGACAGACUCUCGUGCCUGUGAGUGUCGGUGAGUCAAACCCUGGGGACUGAGUCCAGUGCCUCUUCUAGCGUCCUUGGCAUCAUGGGUCUUCGGCUUGGCACCAAGAUCACUGCGUGGGACUGCUUUCCAAAGGAUGUCAUUGUCCACAAAAGAGAGAAAGCUGGACACACAUAUGAAAAUGGAGAGGACCUGCUGAUUGGUGUACCUAGUGAAGCCACAGUUCUUGGGACUAUCCAGCUAAUAUGUGCCCUGAUGAUUGCAAGCUUUGGGGGAAUUUUGGUGUCAGCUUCCUACUCCAACCCAGAAGCUUCCACCACUUUGAUGUCUGGAUACCUGUUUACUGGAUCCUUCUGUUUUGCCAUGGCUGGAAUUCUCUCCAUCAUCUCUGAGAAAAUCUCAACCAAAGCCUUUGCACUGAGCAGCCUGGCCUCCAGUGUAGCAAGCUCUGUUGUUGCUAUGAUCGGUCUCUUCUUCGUCACCUAUUGCCUGAUAGUCCUGGGGACUGCCUUUCCACACUGUAACUCAGAAAAGAAAUUCCUGCCCUUAUUGUCUUAUUUGGAAUCCCAUGAUUGGAAGAAUGAAGACAAGAACUGUCGCCUGGCUUAUGUCAGUGCUAUAAGUACUCUGGGGAUCAUGCUCCUCUUCAUCGUGCUGGAAGUUUUGCUAGCUGUAUACAGUUCUAUCUUUUGGUGGAAGCAAGUCUACUCCAACAAGCCUGGGGGUGCAUUUUUCUUGCCUCAAUCACAAGAUCAUCCCUAACUUGUCAAAAGCAGUUUGUUGCAGUAAUGGAUAUGAAAUACAGAAGAAGAAAGAAGAAAUCUAGUGCUUGUGGCAGAGCACAGCUAGACUUUCCUGAAAUCUCAACCUUGGUAGAUCCUAAUAAACAUCUGAAGAAAA